AUCUAAUUGGCAGAAUGAAAGUGAAAUUGUUCGGAUUUAUAAUUAUCCACCUUCUCUGCGACCUUCGGUUGGUGUUUUCGAGACAUGAGCCGCUACAAAGUACGCCGGCACGUUUAGGAGAGCUGCCGUAUCAUGUCGCGAUUUACAUGCAAUCUCGGGCGAUUUUAUGCAGCGGCACCAUUCUCAACCAGCGACAUGUACUCUCCUCGGCACACUGCGUCACUCGGUAUAAAGACAGGCCCAGUCAUUUGGACGUCGUCAUCGGUACCAUUCAUCGAUCCGUGGGUGGCAGAUGGUACAACGUUUAUUCAGUGGUCAUACACCCGAAUUAUACCGGAGACGGGCAACACGACCUCGCCAUAUUGAAGACAGUCCUUCCAAUGGAGAUGUCGGAGUUUUCUCGGCCUAUAAAAUUGCCAAAAUUCGAAGAUCACGAUCCCCUCCCGGGAAAAUUGGCCACCGUUUCAGGCUGGAAAGCUCUGCCUAACGAGCCGGAGGAGUACGACGACGAGGGCUCGCUCUUGCAGAAGGCAGGGGUCGACGUGGUUCCUUUGAAGGUCUGUCAGGAAUUGUUGGCUGGUACCGGUCGAGAAAUAUCGAGUAGACAUAUUUGUGCUGGCAACAUCUACUCCCAGGGGUCUUGCAUAGGUGACAACGCCAGCCCCCUCGUUCUGAACAACGUGCAGAUUGGAAUUCUCUCGUGGGGCACUCAAUGUGGUUCUGGAGAUCCUGACGUCUACACGAAGAUCAAAUCCUACCUCCCCUGGAUUCGAAAAAAUGCGUUUCCCUAUCAUGUACUUAAUCUAGUGUAG